CCCCCCCCAGCCAGCCACUGUUCUCUGAGAUGAGACCAGCCCCCAAGCUAAGUCGCGUGCCACAUCCACCGUCCACCUAUGCAGGCCACCGCCGAAACCGGAGGGGCCUUCAGCCCUUCCGCAGCUUCUUGGAUUUCCUGACUGAGGGCCAGGUGCUGGACAGUCUGCAGACAGUGGUGGAGAAGGCGACUGAGCGCAUGGCUACCGUGAAGACCGAUGCCGGGGUGCCGCUGCUGGAGGUGCAGGACCCUGUGGAGGUGCUGAGAGGUGGGCGGCGGGCACGAGCCCGGCCCAGCCAGGGCACCAUGCACCGGCACCGUGUUCGGCCCAAUCUCUGCACUGGACACCCCAACAACUACCCAUCAUGCUCCAGCUCUACGUCUGGUUCCCAUAGCAGCCGUACAGCUGGCUUCCUGGGCGCCCCCUGCUGGGACAGCGACCUGGCUGCCCGUGGGGCAGGUUCACUGCCAUCCAUGGGGGACAGGCUCCUGCUGGAGAAGAACCUCAAGCGGCUGCAGCGACUGGAAAACAAAGGGAAAGGCCGGAAUCGGUCCUGGUCGCAGGGGGACUCCCUGCCGUGGGACUCGCAGGGCAGCCAGACCAGCAGCCAGUGGACGCAGGAGAAGCCCCUGUCGUGGUUCUCUGGGCUGCUGGGUUCCAGCUCCAGCACGCCUGAGGCAUCGGAGCUGGGGCCUGCAGAGCGGGAGCUGACCUUGCUCAGGGGAGAGUUCUACAAGAAGAUCAAGUCGUUGCUGAGCCAGCCGGCGUCCCUCGACCUGCCCGGCUACUGCUCGCUCCACCAGCCCCACCAGACCCUGGACUUCCUGGCCCAGCACGACCUCUUCCCGGCCCUGCAGCGCGUGGUCAGCCAGGCUGUCGACAAGCUCAGCAGCGCCCGCCGCUUCAACGGCUUCCCAACCAGCGGCACGUCUGCCUCACAGCUGCCCCUCCCCUGCGAGCCGCCGCUGCCUGGCUCCAAGUCGGACACCCCUACGGACAGGGAGGAGCCCUGCGAUUCCUCCCCCACCACCGGCUCCAGCCCCCUGACGUCUCACAGAAAGAGCAAGAGCAAAACAGUGUCCCCCACCAUGUCGAAUCCUCAGGUGGCCUCCAGACUAAGGCUCAAGGUGACAACCAUGGAAGAGCCCAAUGUCCCCAGCCACUCACAACACCCCAGGCAGGAGGCCACACAGAGCUCCAGCACCAAGUUCUCGAGGAAGAAGCCGCUGCCCUCCAUCUCGUCCAAGUCCAGCCUGCCCCACGCCUCCAACCCCUGGUUUGAAGAGAUCGUGAGCUUCCUGGUGGAGCAGGCGGUCUCCCUGCUCAUCUGCAAGUACAAGUACGAGAGGAACCUCAGGAAGCAGCUGGGCUUCAUCUCCUUCCCCAUCACCGAGGGGCUCAUGGACCUCCUCCUGGGCUUCAAAAAGAUCGAGGGCUCCCGCAUCCGCCUGUCGUCGCAGAUUGACUGGAGCUGCCUGCUGCGUAAACUGGAGGAGGCCGAGAAGAUCCGGCCGCCCUCCCACCCUGGGGCCCCGCAGCACAGUGCUCCUCAUUCCAGGGUCUCCCAGCGCAGCACGGUCUCCCUGUCCACACAGCCUGAGCCGGCCCCCAACACAGACAAGGAGAAGGAACCAGAACCGGACCUGGACACGGAGUUGCAGGUUAGACAGCUGUUCAACCCCCAGGAACCCGCAACGCUGGAAAACGAGCCCCCCGCGAGUGCAUCAGAGCCCAAACUGUCCACGUCCUCUGGCACCGGCAUGGACUCCAGUCCCCACAAGUCGAGGGAGACGGUGAACUUCGGGGACAGCGAGGGCAGCGAGGAGGACGAGGGUGACGACGACGGGGACCAUGUCCGUGAGGAUGAGGACAACCUGAGCCUCCCUGACUCUGGAAUGGAGGCCUCUGUCAGGUCCUCUGGGGACAUAGGCCUGGGGACAUAG